AUGGGCCACCAGACAUACAAUUCAAGAUUGAUUACCUUAUAUUUUCCUUCUAAUAGUAGGACAAAAUCUAAGAAAGUGUGAUAUUCUUUAAGGUGAAAAUGAUUGCAAAGAAAAACCGCUGCUGCAUUGAUGAGAAACCACAAAUUGUAACCACACAAAUAUGGAAACCCCAGGGUGCCCUGUAUAUAAUAGAAGGGCCCUGCACUGUGCCACUCACUGCUUCUACCAACUCUCUACUGACUCACAGAGGUGCCACCAGUACCAUGGAGACCUUCACACCAUCUUUUUCUCUCUUUACAUUAUUGCUGUGUCUUGCGGGUGUUGUACUGCCUGGUUACACAUUGGCUUCACCACAUCUCAAGAAAGUUGGAUGCCCAAUCACCAAAGACAUGCCGUUUCCAUCUUCGGUCAAAGUCAGUCUGAACAUCAGUGGCCAAUCUCAUGUAUCAGUAGGAGAUGUAAGGAGAAGAUCCACCUCUCCAUGGGACUACAGCCAGGACAUUAACUACAACAGGAUCCCAUCUAUCAUAACUGAAGCCAAGUGCCGCCAUGAUGGAUGUGUAGAUGCAGAAGGCAGUGUAGACCUUAACCUGAACUCAGUCCCCAUCAGACAGGAGAUCCUGGUUCUACAUCGGGAGAUGAAAGGCUGUGUCCCCACUUUCAAGUUGGAGAAGAAGUUGGUGACCGUUGGCUGCACCUGUGCCCAGCCCACAAUGGAAAAGCAGUCAUAAUUACACAAUGUUCUGCUCUGUGGCACGUCCGUCUCUGCUGCCCAUGUAUUGGGGAGAUACAGAGAAAAAGUAGCAUUGAUAUAAGUGCAUCUGUUCCUUAGCAAGUUUAUUGCACUGUUCUCAGUUUUAUUACUAUUAUAUAUUUAUAUAUGUGGUUGUUAACAAUUAUUAUUUUUUUGUAUUUAUUGGUCUUAUUUCCCAAAGUGCAUGCUUAUUUAAAUAAAUUGUAUAGUGGAUUUUA